UGCGUCACCGGGCGGCGCGCCCCGCCCCGCCCCGCCCCGCCCGGCCCGUCCGUCCCGGCGCGGCCGCCGCGAUGAACAGCGUGGGCGAGGCGUGCACCGAGCUGAAGCGCGAGUACGACCAGUGCUUCAACCGCUGGUUCGCCGAGAAGUUCCUCAAGGGCGACAGCGCCGGCGACCCCUGCGGGCAGCUCUUCAAGCGCUACCAGCUGUGCGUGCAGAAAGCAAUCAAGGAGAAGGACAUACCCAUUGAGGGCCUGGAGUUCAUGGGCCCGAGUAAAGGAAAAGCUGAGAACUCCUCCUGAUGCUGGCUGUGUGGGUGGAGUCACUGACAGGAGCCUUUGGACUAAGCCCCAUCGCCGGGGGUGCCCCAGGAGCCUCCUGGAGAUGACCUUUGUUAACUGCUUGCUAGGAAGUGACAAUGUUCUCUGCUUGUGAAAACAAACAGCUAAAAGAAAAAAAAGAGACUGGAUCAUGUGGUAGCUCUGCCUCCUUGCCAGUGAAACGUGGUGGUGGUUCAGCAUCUGAGAGCCCACAAAUCCAUGUGGAGUAACUUCUGCUGGAUGUGCUCUGCAGUGGGGAGUGCUGGCUGGAGUGGGCUGGCUCUUGGUGACUCAUUUCUCUUGCUUAUUUAUAUAACACUUGGAAGUGUUUAAAAAGAAUGUGAAGGGGGUUGAUGUACUUUCUGUCAUCUCUAUGCUGCUGGCGAAGAAAUUGGUUUCAUGUAAUGCUGAAGGGCUUAAGCACUGUUUUGUGUCAGCUGCAGAGAUGGUUUAAGAGCACUAAUGGACCUGCAGCAGCUUGGCUCAAAUAAAUGUAACCAGAUUAUAUUUUGUUCAAGUAGGUAACUGUGCAGUAGAGUCUGACUGUGCCCCAGGAGGGGGAAGUGGCCUGCUCAGCAGCUGAAGGCUUUUAAUGCAGAGGCUGCUUCAGCCUUUUCUGAGGUACUGACACAUCCACGAGCUUUAAUUCUCUCUCCUUUAGCAUUACACAUUUCUGUGGUUUGAUCCUCACACAGGCAGGGUGCAAAGCUUGCCCCUCUCCUUACACCAACACAGGUAAAAAAGAUAUUAUGGCCUGGGGACAAAAGAUAACUUCAUAAUUCCAGAGUUACAGUGAGGAAAAAAGAAAGAUUUGCUCUCUGCUUUUAACUACGGCUAAUUAUUUAAAGGUUCUAUUAAAAAAAAACUAAAAAGGUGCAGUUCUCCAACACUUUAGCUGGCCUGUCUGCACCAGAGCCCCUCACAGACCCCAGACCCUGCAUCCUGUGCAGAGGAUCAGGAGCUGCUGCAGCCUGAGGCUCUUGUUCCUGUGCCAGGUGAGCCACACUCCUGUUCUCAGGUGCAGAGAGCUCCCACGAUGCCAGCACAGGGCUUAAAUAGAGCACUGAAAAACCAGGCUGUUGGCCAAGUGCAGCAGUCUAAGGGAAGGAUCCAUAAAUAGCAUUUUGGAGACAGUUCACUCUGUAGCUUUUCUUUUUUAAGGAGUAACACACAUAACCAGUUUGCUUUUCUGUGAUCUUCAUGUAGGGCUAAAUGUAAUGUGACUUUGUCAGCUUUAAAAUAACUGUGCCCAUCAGUGCCUUGUACUUUCAACACAGGAAAACCUGUCUUAAUCUUUUACUGGUAGGCAGACAAAAAAAAAAUCACAUGGAAACAUGGGGAAGGGCAUCCUGCAGUGCCACUUGGAGAUUCCCUCUUGCCAUCCACCACUCCCUUCAACAGCAAGGUGCCAAAGCAGCUGCUGUGUUCUGCCUUCUGGGAAGAACCUCACUAGUGACAGCUGACAUAGAGCUCACAUUGUGCAAAAAAUAUAGAAGUUAUAGUAAGAACUGGAAAAUGGUUAACUUGUAAUGAGUGAAAACUUGAAAAUUAAAGUUGUACAGGCUCAGGCUGUUGGCUCAGUAAUCCCUUCUGCUUCAGGAGCUUCUGCAUGACACAGCACACACUACACAGACAUCAGCAGCAGAACCAAAAUUGUGUUUUCUUCUGCAAAACCUGUGUGAGACUUUGUGCAGAAAUGCAGCUUUUUGGAAAGCAGAGUGGUGAGCAAGAUCUGUGCUGCUGUACCUGAAAACCUGAGAGCUGAAGGUGAACAGUGUGAAGGCAGUUUGGCAGCCACUCCCUGUGCCAGAAGGGACCAAGGGAAAAUCUCCUUCAUGACUGUUAAUAAAUGUUGCAAAAGCUGAUAA